CAAACACAUGAAUCCAACACGGCCCUUGUGGCGAAAAGAAGAGAGGCUGCUGCUCGUUGUAACUCCCACAACACUGCGGAUUCCAGCAAACUUCUUGUGUGCCCCUUUAGAGAGGAAAAAAAAGCCUCUCUUUUCAUUUGUCCUUUCUGCCCGAGCUAAGUCUUUUCUUUUUCCUCUCUCCCUCUUUAAUCCGUCCCUCUAUUUCAGGAAGAAAAAAAACCACAAAACCAGGUUCACGCAGUGCUUUAGUGGCUAAAAGUGAAAGAGCUUGUGUUUUUUCUUUCUUUUUUCCCCUCCCUGCGCUGAGUUGAGCCUUGAAUCGCUCUGGAAAAUUGCUUCUUUUGAAUGGAGGGAAGGAGGAACAACGUUUAAUAGGAUCCAAAGGGAGUCUCUGCUCUUAAACAGGUGGAAAUUGGACGUCCUCGAAUUUAUACAAAUAGUAAAUUUGUUUGUGAGGGCGCGCAGGUUGAUGAAGGCGUCUCCCUGUCACCCAGUAGAGUUUGGGUGCCCGCUGAUGUCAGGAGACAGUGAUCCGCGCUGAGGAGGGGCGGGCGCUGCCAACAUGUGACAGAGAGCAGUCGGCUGGUUUCUCCACACCCAUCUGACCAUUAAAGAGGAGAGUGAAAAGACGCGGGGCAGCUGGAGGAGCGGGUCGGACUAUAACCGGGAGUUGCUCACACCAAGUUCUGCUCUGCUGCAAACAAAACAAAAACAACAACAUCAACAACAAAAUGGCAAGUUCUGCUUCCUUGGAGACGAUGAUGUCCUGCGGUAGGACCGGACCGUCCGCGGCUCCUAAGACCCUUGCCUUCUCCAUAGAUCGGAUCAUGUCCAAGAGCUCGGAGCCGAAGGGGAGCGCGGAGGAGCGCUCAGAGGGGAAAAAGCUGCUGGGGCUGUGCUCCCCGAUCCCCUGCAUGAUCCCGCUGCAGCCUUUCAGCUACGACCUCCAAGCCAAGGCGCUCAUGAACUACUCGGAGCUGUGGAGAGCCAGUUUCAGGGGGACUUUUUGCGGCUCGGCAGCCGCUCCGUGCAAAGGGAACUGCGGUAUGUGCGGCAAAGCGGAGCCGGGCUUGAAACAGCCGCUGUUGACGUCGGGGAGCAGGGUGGUGAAACCGCAGGUCAUCCACCAGGCCGUGGCCGUGCCCAGCGGCGGCUCGCUUUACUAUCUCAACUACCUGGACUCUGCGUACCAGCAGUCGGAGCUGUUGGCCGGACACUGGUUCUCCAACCCGCAGGCCCAGGCCUCUCUGUCGGCGCACCACAGACUGUUGCUGCUGGAGAACGCCAAACUUGCCGGGGUGGGGGGCGACAAGCUGCCCACACCUCAGUACCCGCACAAGGAGCAUCUGCCGGGGCAGCUGGACCAGAUAGUGAAGGAGAACCACGGCCUGAGCGCAGAAAAGAACGGCGUCAAGACGCACAGCAAACUCAGCAGCAGCAGCAGCAGCGCUGCAGACGGAAAACCCAAAAACUUUACGUGUGAAGUGUGUGGAAAGGUUUUCAACGCACAUUACAAUCUGACCAGACACAUGCCGGUGCACACCGGAGCUCGGCCCUUCGUGUGUAAAGUGUGCGGGAAAGGAUUCCGACAGGCCAGCACGCUGUGCAGACACAAGAUCAUCCACACACAGGAAAAGCCUCACAAAUGUAAUCAGUGUGGGAAAGCGUUCAACAGAAGCUCCACACUCAACACUCACGUACGGAUCCACGCCGGGUACAAACCUUUUGUUUGUGAGUUCUGCGGGAAAGGUUUCCACCAGAAAGGAAACUACAAGAACCACAAGCUGACGCACAGCGGGGAGAAGCAGUACAAGUGCUCCAUCUGCAACAAGGCCUUCCACCAGAUCUACAACCUGACCUUCCACAUGCACACACACAACGACAAGAAGCCCUUCACCUGCGCCACCUGCGGCAAGGGCUUCUGUCGCAACUUUGACCUGAAGAAACACAUCAGGAAGCUGCAUGACAACGUCUUCACCGCGGCCACGGAAGCCUCCAGAGAGCUGCAGAGCUGAGGCCGCAACACAUUCUGAUAUUCCACCUCAGACUGUUAGGCCUCAAAGAGACUGGCUUAGUUCCUCCACGUUGAACAGUUUUUGAAAGUCCAGAGAGAAGGUGGAGGGGUCCAAUGAAAUUGGACAUAGGAUCCUGCCCAAGUGUGCCAACAGUGACACUGUAGGGAACAGACCAGAAGGUACAAAGACACCUCAUACUCACACUGGGUCCCAUACUGUAGGAUUAUUAUAGGGAUGUUUUUCUGCCCAGAUAGAAUUUCUUCCUGUGUUGCCAGUUACAAGCAUCAAACAUGGGAGAAAUCGUCUGCCUCCAUCAUGGAACUGUAAAUAAUAGGUUAUGGAAAUUUAAAAAAUGAUAUUUAAAAUGUGAAUCAUUGCCAUGUUGUGUAUUUCACAGGAAAAAAAUGUUAAUGUGAAUAAAUAAGUUAUAACUUAUAAUGAAAAAUGAAUGUUUGAGCCAUGUUGUUUGCAUUUUUUGAAGGCAUUUGAAAAUAAAACAAUGAAU